UUUUGACAGUUCGCAAUAUUUUUGAAACAUAAAUCCAAUGACGUGUAAGGUUAUGAAAAUAUUUGCAGAUUUGUACCAUUAAAUUCUAAAUGUUACUUAAAUACGCACACAUUCAGAAUGGGGAUCGCAAUUAGUAAACAAAUAGACUUGUCCACAAAUGAAUACAUUUUAAGAUUUAUUGGGAAGGAGCAUAUAUCCAGGAAUGAUCCUUUCUGGAACACCUUCCUCUCAUUCAAUAUAACAUUGCCAUCAAACAGCAAUGAACAGUUGGCUUUAGAAUCAAGAAUUGAACCAUAUCUCCAACAAUUAUUGAACCACAAUUUGCAUUCAGCGAAUUUGGGUGCUUUGUUGCAAGUAUUUCUAAUUAGGGCGACAGAAUUAAUAUCUGCCAAUGAUACAAAUGAUACAUUAUAUAGCUGGCAAGCAUUCAAUGCUCUCUUUGUGAUAAGAUGCAUAAUCAAAUACCUCGCAGAGUUACUGUCAGAGGAGCAACUGAUGGAGCACAUCGAAAGUGGGCCAGAAUCAAAGUUGGAGGCUUUAAUUGAAUCUCUUUUUGGAAUUAUUGUUGAUGUUCCACUUAAAGACAUAACCUAUGCAGUGCAUUUGGAAGCUGUCACAACAUUGCUAUCAUUGUUAUCAGUUCAGGUGCACACAAAUCGACGGCCUGAUCAGUUGAGUAUAUUCAGGCUGAUCAUGAAGGGAAGACAUGCAAUACAUGCGCCACUGUUUAUAAAAAAUCUCCUACAGAACUUUAUGGACCAGAAGAAAGCCCCACCAGGCUUUGGAUCCAAUCAAGGAACUAGCAUUGUUUUAGGUAUCGCUUCAGAGCUUUGGUCUAUGCUGAGUUUCAAUAGGAAAAAUACCGAACACGUAUUGGAAACGGCCGAUGGAGGCGACAGCCCGUUGGCAACGAACAGUUUGCUUCUUAUAUUAGUAUUAACUAAUAACUGCAGUAUUCAACCGAACCCCUUUAGACAGUGUUUAUUUUCUUGCGCUAACAGUAGAGAUGACAAUUUAGUGCCGACUGAAGCGCCCGGUAUUUUUAAAAUUGACUACGAGCAGUUGUACAGCGUAUUAUGUAAAAGGGCGACUGGAGAUGCGGCCACCUUAUUGCUAUAUCUGUUGCUCCACAGGAAUCCAUUAUUUAAGACUCAUCUAUUAGCGCGAAUGGAUUUGGAUCAAUUGGUGAUUCCAAUAUUAAAGACUUUAUAUCAUGCGCCAAACAGUAAUUCGCAUCAUAUCUACAUGUCUCUGAUAAUUCUACUUAUCUUAAGCGAAGAUGAUUUGUUCAACCGAAGUAUCCACGAGACGAAGUUGAAAACUGUAACUUGGUACACUGAGAGGAUCUUGUCGGAAGUGUCAUUGGGCGGAUUAUUAAUUUUAGUUGUGAUUAGAACUAUUCAAUAUAAUAUGCUGAAAAUGAAGGAUAAGUAUCUUCACACGAAUUGCCUGGCCGCCCUGGCGAAUAUGUCCGCGCAAUUCAGGGAACUGCAUCCCUACGUGAGCCAAAGAUUGGUGUCGCUGUUCGAGACACUCGCAAGGAGAUACCAGAAGUACAAAUUGGAAACCGCAAUCCCGGAAACGGAAGAGGUUCACGUGAGUCUGACGCAGGACGCUGCCGAAACCGAGCAGUAUCUUACCGUUCUUGAAGAGGUCUUGCGCAUGGUCUUGGAAAUAUUCAAUUCGGCACUCACCAGCCAACUAACGAACAACCCAAAUUUGGUGUACACUUUGCUGUACAAGAAAGACAUUUUCACGUCGUUCAAGAGUAACAGUGCCUUCCAAGAUAUCAUUCACAACAUUGAAAUCAUAAUCGAUUAUUUUUCGAAUUUGCUAUCGACGAAGACGCAGCAGCACGAGGUCGAUGCACAUCUGGUGCUGAACGUGAUCGUUCAAGGCGCGAAGCACUGGCCGAAGGACCGGUUAACGAAAUUCCCUGACUUGAAGUUCAAGUAUGUGGAGGAGGAGCAACCGGAGGAGUUUUUCGUUCCCUACGUAUGGGCAUUAGUCAAUCAACAGUCGAGUAUACAUUGGAACGGAGAGGGCUCCACCAUUCUGAACGCAGUUUGUUAGCCCAGUUUAAAUGCGCGAUAUGGAAAAGCUCAGGAUUUUAUGUCGGAUUCGUUGAAUCUGCCUGCCGUGUCGCGCACCUCCACUACUUAGAUUUUGACUGAUUGUUAUAUAUUAUUAUAUAGUACAAGGUUAACACAUCAUAUUUUUACCCUUACGAUAUACUGUAAUUUACAUGUAUAUAAGUGUUCAGUGGCCGAAGAAUAUACACGCACGAGGCGAGAUAUUUGUUUAAAUAACUUGGUUUUCUGUUCGCUAACAUUCGUUGUUUAUAUAAUUUAUAGAUUUUAUCGAUGUUCCAUUUGUUUCUCUUUUUUUUUUAUUAUAUAAAUGUCAAUGUGGUUAAUGUCUAAUGUGUUUCUUUCUGUAUAUAACAAAAUAAUAUAUAUACAUAUUUAGUAAUAAUGUUACAAAACGUAUUUUAUAUAGACGUAUCCAUAUUUAGAACAUUUCUUAAUAAAACCGUAAAAAUGUAUUCAA